UCAUGGCUCCACACACCUUCCCCUACGUAUAUUCCUUAACAAUAUACUAUAUAACGAAAAACAGUUCUUUUACAUCUAAAGUUAAAAACCCGCCUUUUUUAGCACACGCUUAUCUCCAUCCCUUGACUAUUAUUCAUCUUCUUUCUACAGUAUCCUUUUCAAUUUCUAGUCAAAUUCCAUUCUCUUGUACAGUUUUUCCCCCGAAAAUUCGCUAUUUCUGUCGAAAUUUCCAUCACUUUUCUGGUGAUUUGUAGAAGUAAUAAAGCGAUCGAUGACGAUCACGGAGUCGCCGGAGAGUCUUACGUCAUCGAGCGACGACAACAGCAACCUUCGAAGGCGACGUGGCGGCGGUGCUAAAGCUGUGGAGGAUGUGACGGAGUCGGAUUCGAGCUCCGCGAUGGAAGCUUCUAGUAGCUCGGAUGACGUAACAGGUGACGGUGGAGAUGGCAGGUUCAGCGAUGGAAAUGAAAUUCAGGAGGAGCAGAACGAUAAAGUUGAGAAUGAGGAGCAGAGAAAAGCAACCCAAACGACGCCGUUGAAGUAUGUUUAUAGAGCGUCGGCGCCGGCUCACCGGCGAAUCAAGGAAAGUCCUCUCAGCUCCGCCGCCAUUUUCAAACAAAGCCAUGCAGGGCUACUCAAUCUCUGUGUAGUGGUGCUUAUUGCCGUAAACAGCAGGCUGAUUAUCGAAAAUUUGAUGAAGUAUGGCUUGUUAAUUGGGUCUGGCUUCUGGAUUAGUUCAACAUCAUUAAGAGAUUGGCCAAUUCUGCUGUGCUGUCUUAGUCUCCCAAUUUUCCCUUUUGCUGCUUUUCUUGUCGAGAAGCUGGCACAGAAGAAGUAUAUGACUGAACGUGUAGUUGUCGCUCUUCACAUAGUUAUAACAACAGCUGCCAUUUUGUAUCCAGUAUUGGUUAUCCUCAGGUGUGAUUCUGCUUUCCUAGCGGGUGUCACAUUGAUGCUUUUUGCUUGCGUUGUGUGGAUGAAACUGGUUUCUUAUGCACAUACAAGUUAUGAUAUGAGACAGCUUGCGAAAUCUGUGGAUAAGGGUGAACAUUCAGAUGUCAACUACUCAUACGAUGUUAAUUUCAAGAGUUUGGCUUACUUCAUGGUUGCUCCAACUUUGUGCUAUCAGCUUAGUUAUCCUCGCACUGCAUGCAUUCGAAAGGGUUGGCUGGCACGCCAACUCAUCAAGCUGGUAAUUUUUACAGGAUUUAUGGGAUUUAUCAUUGAACAGUAUAUUAACCCAAUUGUGCAAAACUCACAACAUCCAUUGAAAGGAGACCUUUUAUACGCCAUCGAGAGGGUAUUGAGGCUUUCACUUCCAAAUUUAUAUGUCUGGCUCUGUAUGUUCUACUGCCUCUUUCAUCUUUGGCUAAAUAUACUUGCGGAACUUCUGCUAUUUGGGGAUCGUGAGUUCUACAAAGAUUGGUGGAAUGCAAAAACUAUUGAUGAGUAUUGGAGACUCUGGAAUAUGCCUGUACAUAAGUGGAUGGUUCGUCACAUUUAUUUCCCAUGCUUAAGGAAUGGCAUACCUAAGGGGGGUGCAAUGUUGAUUUCUUUCUUUGUAUCUGCUGUUUUCCACGAGCUGUGUAUUGCUGUUCCUUGUCGACUUUUCAAGUUCUGGGCCUUCUUUGGAAUCAUGUUUCAGAUUCCCUUGGUCAUACUCACGAACUUCUUGCAAAACAAGUUCAAAAGCUCGAAUGUGGGCAACAUGACAUUCUGGUGCUUUUUCUGCAUUCUUGGUCAACCAAUGUGUGCGCUUCUGUAUUACCACGAUGUGAUGAACAGAAAAGGUAGUGCUAGUUAAGCUUCAUCAGAACGCUUUGAACUGUCCAAGUGCUAAGCUAGUCCCCCGGGAGGGAGAUCGGUAAAAAACUGCAUCAAUUGCUAUUGCCACGAGUAAGUUCCUGAUAAGGAAUACCUGCUGUUUUACUUGUCUGCUGAAAUGGAUCGCAUCACGUUAAAAUCCUUUUGUAAAUGUGAUACUAGGGAAUAGAGCAGAGUUGUUGCUUUGUACUAUAUCACUCUGUUAACAUUGAAAAAAUGUAUAUCAUUCUUGAUUAAUGUAAGUGUAAUAGUUUAGUUUAGAAAGUAUCACAAAAGUAAACCAAGUUGGGAGACUUUGAAAUUUCCCUAUUUAAUAUGUCACAUUCAUAAUGGUCAAUAUAUAGUAAACACAUUCACUUAUUGUCA